CAGCACUCGUCUGCUCUGGUCUGCUCUGGUCUCCUUUGCUCUUACUGCCCAGAGGCAGAUCAGAUUCCCCGCCGCCCAAGACAAGACACGGCCACACAUUAUGCUCGCGUCACUUCCCCUCGACCAGGGGCUGACACCCGUGGCGUUAAUCUCUACAGCAUCUGUUGCAUUGGUUUGCCUGGUGCUUUAUCGGCGCCGUAGCGGAGCCGCUGACCUGCACUCGCUCGGCAUCCCAGUCUUCGACAGCCGCGAUGAUGACAACGGCAUCGUGGCCACACUAGAGAGGGCGAAUAAGCUGCACCCAAAUGCCCCCUUUGCCCUGGCUGUCCCCGGACAGCAGUUGGUCGUACUGCCUGUAUCUGAAAUUGACACGGUCAAGGCUCAGCCGGAAACUCAGCUCUCCAUCAAGAAACAUCACUACAACCAAUUCCUGGGAGAGUACUCUUACAUGGGCACACGAGCAGACGAGUUCGACAAUGCCAUGCGGAAUACCCUGGUACGCAACACCCCUACAGUCCUGCGCGCCUUCACGGCCGAAAUCGAUUACGCGACCCGGGUCACCAUUGGCGAUAAGCUCCCCACCUGGACGAAAAUCAAGCCGCGGGGCAUCAUGGCACGCAUGGCGACCAUCCUCUCAGGCCGUUCCUUUGUUGGCCUGCCCCUGAGCCGAGACGAGGAGUGGAUUAACGCGACGGUCGGCUUCACUGGCGACGUGUCCAAGGCCUGGAUGGUGCUGCGCUUCAUCCCACACUUUCUUCGCCCCUUCAUUGCCCCGUUUCUGUCCCAGGUUAGGUCCCUCGAGGGCUGCAAGGCUCUCAUCACCCGAAAGCUCAAUGGUCUUCUCCAAGAGAGGGAAAAGAAACAAGACAGCGAAAAGCCAGCUGGUGAUGACGAGGUUGGAGGCGAGCUUCUGGACUGGUUCCGAUCGCAGUACUCGCAUAAGCCUACGGUCAAGGAGCUGGCUCGCGACCAGCUGCUCGCAACAUUUGCCUCUAUCUACAACCUUACGAAUGCGCUGACCUACGUGGUUUUCGACCUGGCUUCGCAUCCAGAAUACAUCGAGGAGCUCCGCGCGGAACUGCAGGAGGUCGUUGGCGAGGACGGUGUCAUCAACAAGACGACCAUCAUGCAGCUGGUCAAGCUGGACAGCUUCGUCCGCGAGUCGCAACGCUUGAGGCCUACGUCACUUGUCAACAUUCCCCGCGUCGUCACGGCCCCGAAAGGAUUGAAGCUGACCACCGGCCACAUCAUCCCGCCGGGCUUCUUGGUCAUGGUGCGUGCCCAGCCAAUCAACCUGUCGCCCACGCUGUAUCCGGAGCCGGAGAAGUUUGACGCAUUCCGGUUCGCCAAGAUGCGCGCGCAGCCAGGCAAUGAGAUGAAGUUCCAGCAUACGUCGACAGGCACUGACAACAUCAACUUCGGUCACGGAAUCUGGGCCUGUCCCGGUCGCUUCUUCGCCAGUGCCCAGGUCAAGGUGGUCGCGGCGCAUCUCAUUCGCAAUUUCGACAUUCGCCUCCCCGAGGGUAAAGAGAAGCCCGUGCCGCAGUACGGCGGCUUGGCCAUCUUCCCGGACGCGGUGGCCGAGAUUGAGUUGCGCUCCCGAAAGCUGUAAAAUAUCCGUCCUACAAGUAGUACAGUAGUGAAUUAAGGAGGAUGACAAGUGAAAAUGGGGGGCGUGGGAGAGGAGGGAAAGAGGGCGGCAAGGGGAACAGAAUAGCAAGGAACGCGAAAUAAUAAGUGCAUUGGUACAAAAGGACAUGAGGACUUUUGUCACCAAUUGAGGAUCGUUGCCAUAUGUAUAUGGUUCUGUCACAUGUGUUCAUAACAUCCCUAUUCCCUAUCUUCCCGUCCCCCGCUUGGAGGGAUUUCAUCUCGUGGAACUUGACAGGAUUCAAGUGGCAAACAUGUAUGAAUGGAUGCAGCCUGAGUACAUGUUAAAAAUAAAAUAAAUAAAUAAAUAAAUACGCUAAUCCUCAACCAAG